AAUGUGACUAUUUCCUGUGAGAUGACAAUCUUCUGUGUUCUGUAAACUGGAGACUGUGAAAGCAUAGCAGAGUUAUUCUAAAGCAUGUUGAUACUCUUAAAUGUCUAAACGUUAUUUUGGUCACAGUCCGCUGGUACAGCAGCGCUGUUUAUGACUGGUUUAAAGUGUUGGAUUGGUGAAAAACAUGACUGCCAAUGAAGACCAGGAGAUGGAGUUGGAGGCUCUCCGCUCCAUCUAUGAAGGAGAUGAUUGCUUUAAAGAGCUCAGUCCUGUUUCCUUCCAGUUCAGGAUAGGAGAUCUCGAUGACUCCAAGUCCUUCCUGCUAGAAGUGUCCUGGCCAGAGAGCUAUCCUGAAACUGCCCCGCACAUAUCACUAGAUGCUUUUUUCAACAACAGAAUAUCCCUGGAGACGAAGCAGUACAUUCUCUCCAAGUUGAGUGAACAGGUAGAGGCCAACCUGGGCACUGCCAUGAUGUACACGCUCUUUGAGUGGGCCAAAGAAAACCAGGAAGCACUCAUGGAAAACCACCAGCCUGUGACAUCCGCUGUGACCCUGAUAUCCAACAGCGAUGUCAUGAAUAAUUCCACCUCUGUCAGUAAGAAAAAGGAGAAGAAAGAGCAACUAACCAAAGCACAGAAGAGGAAACUGAUUGGGAGAACAGAUAAUAAGGGUGAACUGCCAAGAGGUUGGAACUGGGUAGAUGUUGUCAAGGUAAGUUAAGAUGAGAAAAGAUUUACUACAAAUGCAAUUUGACAUGUAAAAUGAAAUUGCGCAUUCUUAAAUGAUCAUAAACUUGUUUUAUAAUCUGUCUUUUUCUUUUGCACGGGGAUCUCAUCCAUUCAUUGCCACCUUCUCUGUCCAACAAACAGCAUCUGAGCAAAACUGGAGGGAAAGAUGAAGAUUAAAGCGAUGCUUGAGAAGAAAUGAUGGAUUGAAGUAGCGCUGGAUGAAUGUAUGGAUGAAAUGUGUCUCUCUGCACUUGUUUGUUAUAUGAAAGCUGAACAUGAAUUCUCUCCGGCCAUGAUUUCAAUUCACCUGGAGCUGUCACAGAGCAGAUCUGACAAUGAGUGCAAGGAGCUCUGCCUUCACAAAGACACGUGUUCUCAGAGCCACACUAGCGUGUGCUAAACUAGCUGAGCCACGCAUGAACAUCAAGAAACCUAACAACGCUUUAAAUACUUGUAUUUUUGGAUCUAGUAGAACAAUUGGGUGUAAGUUAAUAAACCUAACAUCAGUGUGAUGUUUCAUCUAGUGGAAUUUAUUUUUUUAAAUUGUAUCAUAGAUAGUUAAAAAGUGCAGUGCAGAGAUUUGUUGUCAGGGGUGGCUGAAAUAAAACACAAAUAAAUAAAAACCAUCUAUUUGGGGGUUAAAAGUGAACUUUCAAGUUUUACAUUUUGAUGUUAUUUGUGGAAGAUAUUUUACGGGUGUGUGAUUUAAAAAAUAAAUAAAGUGUUUUAAAGCACAUUCCUUGUAGAUAAAA